CCUUGGAGUUCGCUUGGAUGUGAGAGAUCGCUUGUGAGAAAGAUUUGUUCACAUUAUUAUCGAUCGUGCCCACACGUCCUCACCACCACAAACUCAAAAUUAGCUGAGUGAUAAUAAAAACCAUUGUCCACCAUGAAGUUCUCUCUUUUUGCCUUGAGCCUGCUGGCCUCCGCCUCUGCCAUUGAGUUGACGGCUGACAACUAUGACGAGAUGACGGCUGGAAAGACCGUGUUCCUCAAGUUUUUCGCCCCUUGGUGCGGCCACUGCAAGAAACUCAAGCCCGACUGGGACAAGCUCAUGGACGAGUUUAAUGACUCGACGACCCAAUUGGUGGCGGACGUGGACUGUACCGCGGAAGGCAAACCUCUCUGCGACGCCAAUGGCGUGCGUGGAUACCCCACCCUCAAGUGGGGAGAUCCGGCGGCCUUGGAAGACUACCAGGGUGGACGCGAUCUCAAGACGUUGAAGACGUUUGUCAAGGACAAGUUGGUGCCCAUGUGCUCUCCUGCCAACCUCGACUUGUGCGAUGACGACAAAAAGGCCGAAAUCAAGAAAUUCAUGGACAUGUCCGAUGACGAUCUCGAUAAACUCGUCGAAGGCAAGGAAAAGGAAAUGGCCGACGCUGAAGCUGAAUUCAAGACUUUUGUCGAAGGACUCCAGGAGACGUACCAGGAGGGUAUGAAGAAGAAGGAUGACACCCUCGAUGCCAUCAAGGAAUCCGGAUUGGGACUCAUGAAGGCGGUCAAGAUCGCCAAGAAGAAAAAGGGAGGCAAGGAUGAGUUGUGAGUUCCUUGUACUACCCGUACGACUACUAUAUGUACAUGUACUUUUCGGUGGAAAAGUACGUUUGUUUGGACUGAUGGGCUGGGAAUCCGGAGUUCUUCACUAAACGGGAAGAAUGGCAGUCGGAUUCUGGGGUUGGAGCUUGGAGGAAACAACAAUCUGCAGUAUGCAUCUAUGACGUUGUAUGCAAAGGUGUUUGGACCUUGCAUACGGCUGAGAAAGGCAAUCACUGAUAAUGAUUGCGCUGCUACUACUAGUAGAGUCAUGUUUCAGGCGGCACCAACUCCUCGGAUUGGCUACUUUGAUUUCAGUUUAUUAAUGGUCCGGAUUCUUAUUAGUGAUUCAGUUAUCGUGUU